AUGCAUCUCACCUUCUGCUCCCUUCCUCUACUCCUCCAGCUCUCAAUAGCAGCAUGCAUCCAGCCUCCAACCGAUGAGACACCUAUGGCUCACUCCCAAACUCCGUUCCUCCACACCCACAAGCCAGCCUGGCACGAGAUCCUCCCAGUCCCUGGCUUGUCACCAGCUCACUACAAUGGCGACCCUAGCAACGACAUCCUGCUGAUCAAGCACCUAGACCUAUUACCUUCUCCAUCAGAUCCGCAUCGACCAUCAACCAUCCACCUCCUCGGCACCCUUCUCGCCGCUCUCCCCACCUCUCCUCGCUUCAUACUCACCACCAGCCUCGGCGGCGCGAUCAUAUCUACGCGCGAAUUCGACCUCUGCGACCAGAACCCCAAUAAUCCUGUUAGCCUUGAAUUCAUACAGGAUGGCCGUUUUGUAACCUGUCCCGUUGGAGAAGGGGAUGUCGAGGUCGUGGCGACUCUGCCACAACUGGCGCACCGUUUAAGAAUUGGAUUCUGGACGGUACGGGUGGAGAUUUUCGGCCGGCUUGAUGGGGAGAGGGUCACGGAUUUUGAGGCUACGAUGGAGGUGAUGGAAGAGGAUGUACGGGGUUUAGAGGAGCUUUGA